UACGUUAUAUUUUCAUAGCUGGUUGUAUAAACCAUAGUGUAAGUAACACUCAGAAUAAAUAGCAUACUACGUACAAGUAUAAACUGUCUAUCGUUAUGAUUCAUAAUAUUGCACAAUUUUGAUAUUACUGCAGUUCCUAGUAUCGAAGAGUAUUAGAUAAGUAUUUUUAGAACGAAUUGGAUCCCGUUUAUGAGUACACCAAAAUGAUUCCACUGGAACUAGAUGGUGACAAUUUGGGAGAGAAACAUCAACUUUAUAACAGAUUGUUAAAGGAGGCUCUCAUUAAAAAGAAUAUAAAAUUAACACCUAACUUCAAGGAGUGUGGAGACAUUGAAAAUCUCCUGAAAAUCGACGUUGCUUGCAUAAAUAAAAAUGUUAAUUUUAUCCUUGAAGUGCUCAAAUGCGAAGAUAUGUUAUAUGUUUCAAGAGUGGUGAAACGAAGCACUUGGCUGAUAACUGAACCCGAACACGCGCAUAUAAUCAACAUAGACUAUCUAAAAACACAUAUAUUCCCUUAUAUGACAACCAGAGCGAUCAACAAACUAAUGCUCAGUAUAAGGAUUCAUAUAAAAGACGAAAAAAGAGCAGACCAAUUCUUUGAAUACGAAGCGCAGAAGAAUAAUAUGGAAAAGGCCCUGAAAUGGUUACCGCAGUGUUCAAUGCCUUUUAUAGAACGAACUGUUGCAAAACAUACAGAGCUUAUAUCAUUACAUUUAAAUAAACGUUUAUGUGAGAGGUCUAUCACGGCGCUGGAAGUGUACAUAAACCAUAAUAACCAAUACUUGCAUCCAAGUUCCUUAACAAACACACUGUUUUUAACAUACAAUAAUACUGAAAGAUAUUUGAACAUUAUAGAAAAACUGUAUUAUAUACCUAGUUUUGGGCGUAAACAUACCAAGGUUUUAAUGAAAGUGUGCCCUCAAAAAAUUUUAAAUAAUUUUGAAAAAUUUUUGGGCCACAUCGAUUACGCUACUUGUGCGAAAUAUAUGAAAAGAGAAGAUAUCAAAUCGUUUUUGUUAAAACAAGCAAGUAACGAAAAAGUAAACUACCGCUUUCUUAAAUACUAUUACAUCAAGCAUUUUCUUCAGCGAUUGCCUAAAGAAAGUCAAUUGGAACUUAUAAUACAAUUAAAGUUCAUUAGCACUAAAACAUCUGGUACACUUAGAAAGGAAGAUAAUAAUGCACAUAAAAGCGCGUCCAAUUACGAAUGGACACUUCUGAAAAAUGAUUAUGAAUGGUAUAAAAUAGCUCCUUUUGAUGUAGCUUUUCGUCAUAUAAAAAAAUUAAUACGAACUAAAUCCUCACCUGUUGAGAGAAAUUCAAUGCUAGCCACUAUUUUAUAUUGCGCUGGUAAUAACAGUAAGAAUAUACAUACUUUGCUAAAAUAUUACUAUGAAAACCAUAUAAACGAACCACUUAGGUUCAAGGUACAAUUUAUAGAAGGAGUAUUAAAAAAUUUGGAUGUUCUUAAAAACAAAGAAAUUUGGUCGAUUAUAAAUCGAUUGUUCUGUAGUAUGGAAGUGUAUAAUGAGUCUACUAAUGAUAACAUCCAAAAAAUUAUUGAUGUUAUUAUAAUUUAUAAUGCUAUAAAUAAAAUACCGAAUUUGAAAAUUAUUGAAGACAAAUUUUCAUUUAGCACUUUAAAGGAAUACAAAAACAAACUAUUGCCAACUGAAAGGGAAAAUGUUUUUGAAUAUCUAUUUAACAAUGUGCAAAAAAAAAUGGAAAAUAUAUCUAUUACAGAAGAGAUAUGUUACAAUGAGUUAGUUACAUUAAUGAAUAAUAUUCUCGAGCUACUUAAUGAUUGGGAAAAGAAGUUAGAUGAUUAUCCAUUUAUCAUUAAGAAAAUAAAGGAGUUGAUUGCAAUUAAACGAGAAAAAUUAUGGGACUCAGAUUUAUCGACUCUCUAUCAUGUCAAUAAAAUAUGGCGAAAAUACUUGUUCGAAGAAUCAAUUAUCCUAUCGCCUUCGGAGUCAGUAUGCAUCAACGCUCUUAAGCAUGGCCCGAGUCUAUUAUCACGUUACAAGAAUGAAAUACAGGAUUUGUUUUGUAAUAAUUCUAUGCCUUUGAAAACUGUCUUCAAUAAACUACGCAUAUACUGGCCGCUCUCUUUAACUUCUGAAUGGAGCAAUUUCUACUUCCAACAACUAGAUAAUCCGAAUAAACAUAAAACUGCAAUUAAAGUAUUAAUGAUAAUUCUCCCACCAGACCAACUAGAAGACUUUAUUAUAAAAUACGCACCGGAAAACACUAAAAUUAACUGGGGCGCAAUAAAUGAGCUGAGCGUCAGUUUAAGAAAAUAUGCUGCGAAGAAUAUGCAUUUAUCAAGACCCUUAUUGGCACCUGAAAUGGUCUUGCUCUACGCCAAAGGGGAUUACUUGCAAUAUUGUGUUCCCGCAUUGAAUUCUAUUUUAUCAAGUAUUAGCAGCAAUCACAGUGGCCCAAUCGUACAAAAGUUACUAACUGCUCCUGUGUCUCUACAAAAAUAUGGUAUCCGUUUAGCGUUUUCCAGGCUUGGAUCGAAAGAUCUAAAGCUACUGUUCUCGAAAAUGUGGUUAUCAACCACCAACGCUACUAUACGCGCCAUCAUAUUCCAAAAAACGCACGACUUUUUAUGUAAUAACACAAACAUAGACGACUCAGAGGACAUGUGGGAAUUAUUAGUAUUGACAUCAAAAUGAUUCCACUGGAACUAGAUGGUGACAACCUGGGAAGAAAACAUCAACAUUAUAACAGACUGUUGAAGGAGGCUCUCACUAAAAAGGAUAUAGAAUUAACACCUAACUUUAAGGAGUGUGGAGACAUUGAAAAUCUCCUGAAAAUUGACGUUGCUUGCAUAAAUAAAAAUGUUAAUUUUAUCCUUGAAGUGCUCAAAUGCGAAGAUAUGUUAUAUGUUUCAAGAGUGGUGAAACGAAGCACGUGGCUGAUAACUGAACCCGAACACGCGCAUAUAAUCAACAUGGACUAUCUAAAAACACAUCUAUUCCCUUAUAUGACAACUAGAGCUAUUAACAAACUAAUGCUCAGUAUAAGACUUCAUAUAAAAGAUGAAAAAAAAGCGGAAGAGUUUUAUUAUUACGAAGAGAAAAAAAAUGGAGAUAAGGCAUUGAAAUGGUUACCAUAUUGUUCUUUACCUUUCAUUGAGCAGGUCGUUGCAAAACGCAAAGAUCCAAUAGAAGGAGUUUUAUUGAAACGUUUAUGUGAAAAGUCUAUCAGCGUGCUGGAAAUUUCAAUAAAUAAUUGUCAUUACUAUUACAACUACGAAAACACUUUAAAAGCGACGCUUUUUUUAAUACACAAUAAUGCUGAAAGGUACUUAGACGCAGUAGAGAAACUGGAAUCAUACCAAAUACCUGCUUUUGGACGUAAAUAUACCGAAGUCUUAAUGAAAGUAUGUCCCCAAAGAAUACUUAAUAAUUUUGAAAAAUUGUCGCCCCGCAUUGAUUAUGCAACUUGUGCGAAAUAUAUGAAAAAGGAAGAUAUAAAACCGUUUUUAUUGCAACAAGCAGGUAAUCAAAAAAUGAACAAAUUCCUUAAAUAUUAUGUUAAGUAUUUUCUACAGCACUUGCCUAAAGAAGAUCGAUGUGAAUUUACAAGACAAUUAAUGUUCAUCAAUCAUGAAAAGUCUCUAUUGCCCGGUAAGAUAGAACGUGAUCAUAUGCCAGAGAGUGAAACUAAUAGGGCAUGGACAAACCCCAAAAAUGUUUACGAUUGGUAUCAAUGUGUUCCUUUCGAUGUCACUUUUCAUGAUCUAAAAAAACUACUACAAACUGAAUCCUCGCCAGGUGAGAGAAAUUCAAUGUUGACAAUUCUUUUAUAUUGCGCUGGCAAUGACAUUAAAAAUAUACAUACUUUGCUGCAAUAUUACAAUGAGAAACAUAUAAAUGAGCUAUUUCAGUACAAGAUAAAUUUUAUAAAAAAUGUGUUAAAAUAUGUAGAUGUUAUCAAUGACAACGAAACUUGGUCAAUUUUAAAUCGGUUGUUUCACAGUAUGGAUGUUUAUAUAGAAUCUAGCAAUAAUGUCCAAGUAUGUGUCGAAAUUAUUUUAAUAUAUAAUGCCUUACAUGAUAUACCAAAUCCAAAAGUUGUUGAAAACAAAUUUUUAUUUAGUACUUUAAAAGUUUACGAAAACAGACUAAUACCAGUUGAAAAAGAAAAGGUCUUUAAAUAUCUGUACAAUCAUUUACUAGAAAAAACAAAUAAGAUAACCAUUACUAGUGAAUCAUGUUUCAACGAACUAGUUACUUUAAUAAGAAAAUAUCUAGAGCUCCUUAAUGAUUGGGAAAAGAAAUUAAAUGAUUAUCCAUUGAUCAUUAACAAAAUAAAGGAGUUGAUUGCAAUUAAAAGAGAAAAAUCAUGGAACUCAGAUUUAUCGUUGCUUUAUCAUGUUAAUAAAACAUGGCGAAAGUACUUGUUUGAAGAAUCUGUUUUAUUAUCCCCAACGGAAUCAGUAUGCAUCAAUGCUCUUAAACAUGACCCGCGUCUGCUUUCAUGUUAUGAAGACCGAAUAGAUAAAUUACAUAGUUCCGUAUCUUCAAGCACUUUCUUAAAUAAAAUACGCGUGUACUGGCCAAUUUCUUUAACUACUGAAUGGAAAAAAUUCUAUUUACGACAACUAGAUAAUCCCAGUAAACAGAAAAUUGCAAUUAAAUCUUUAAUGAGAAUUCUCCCUCAAGAUGAACUAAAAGCCCUUAUUAUAAAAUACGCACCGGAAGACACCAAAAUUAACUGGGGCGCAAUAGAUGAAGUUCACAUUAAUUUAAAAAAAUAUGUUGCGAUGAAUAUGUAUGUAUCAAGACCCUUACUGUCAGCGGAAAUGGUUUUGCUAUACGCCAAAGGCGAUUACUUACAAUACUGUAUUCCUUCUUUAAAUUCAAUUUUAUCAAAUCUUAGCAACCAUCAAAGUGCUUCAAUUAUACAGAAGUUACUAACUGCACAUGUCACUCUACGGAAAUAUGGUAUCCGGUUAGCGUUUUCUAAGCUAGAAUCGAAAAAUCUAAUUCCACUGUUUUCGGAGGCGUGGAAAGCAACAAACAAGUCAAGUAUACGUGUCUUUUUAUUGCAAAAAAUAUAUGAUGCCUUAUGUAAUGAGACCAACAUUGACAUGUCCGAAGAAUUAUGGGAAUUAUUAAGUUAUUUCAUCGAUAAUUUAUCGUCUAAAGACUAUAAAAAGAUAUACGAUUUACUAAAGGAAGUAUCAAAAGUGCCUUACACGGUUAGAGGAAAGUUUUUUAUGAAAAGCUAUGCUUUCUUUAAAUCUAUGCCAGCUGAUGAUCUUAUUGGGUAUAAAAUGAAACAUCUUAUCGACUUUGUACCUGAUGUUGUAAAUCAAUUAGAUACAGAAAUGAUAGUAAAUGUCAUGUGGAAAGAUGCCCAAGAAACUUUUGACAAAAAGAUAUGUGAAAUUCUCGAUGUAUUCACAACCAAUGCACUUUUUUGUGAAGAUGAAGAAACGCAAAUUAGAAAUUACAGAAAAAUACUAGCUCCUUUAAUGGAUCGCCAUUUGCCUAAAUGGGAUAUAAAACAUGAUAACCAAAAGUAUGUGCCAUAUAAUAUGGUAAAUUUACUGCAUUCAUUCAUGUCAAAAUUAAAAAAUGUAUUUUUAGACCCGAAUCUAGUUAUUCCAGUUAAAAUGUUUAAAGAUAUACUAAGCAAAAUUGAAAAUUCCUUAAUAGCUGAAGAAAAUUAUGUUUUCAUAACAACUUGGAAACUUCUAACUUCCUUUACUGAACUAGUGAAUACGCAUAGACCUUCCAUUGGUUAUGUUGAGAUGGAACAAACUGAUGAGGUUUUGGAUACACGAGUUGGCUAUAAACGAUAUAAAUAUUUAGAUGAAAAAUGGGAUGAACUUUUUGCAAAAAUAAUUCCAACCUUUGCAAAAGUUUGUAGCGAUAACUUACAAAUAGAUAUAGAAAAAUAUUUUCCAUCAAUAUACACAUUGUUUGGACAAGCUGUGACAACUGUUAUAUAUAAGUUCGAUCCAGAUUAUGCUAAUUAUAUGUUCUAUAAGCAUAUGCUAACUAUUAAUAAGUCAAAGGAAAACUACUUAAUGGUGCUUGAGUACAGCACCGUAUAUGCACCUGAGGGAAAAGAAGAAAUUCUGGAUGAAAUACGUAGCUUACUGGAGUCGCACCCCUCGUUAGAGGUCAAAUUACAUUACGCCGAAGAAUUUAAUAUUUUAGAUAUUACAACUUUAUCCCAAUAUACCUAUUAAAUUAUAGGGAUUCUAAAAUCAGUGUUUAAUUGUUGCACUAGAUAAUAAACCUAAUAGCGCACGCAGCACAAUAGACUGACCAAGUCAAAAUAAUUUGAUCGUUGAGAAACUGCAAAUAAACAUUUUGAGAGUCAUGAUUUGCAUUACAAAAUGGGAUGUAACCGAAACACAAUAAAGAUGUAACGUACAAAUAGUUAUGAAAUGAUUACAUACACACAAACGUGUUUUAUCCCCGAAGUGAAAAGCAGAGGCGCAACUAUGGCACCCACUCUUCCCUAUGUGUAUUCCAUCCCACGAUGUGAUAGGAGACGAACCUAUUUCCAUAUCAGGCACAAAUUCUAGUCUACGGGCUCAUGCUGAGUAGAAAAACCUAACACCGGAUCCAGGUCCAGAUCCUACCCGAUCAGGGAAACGAACCCAAAACCUCAGCACUGCAGUCGUAUCGUAAUUAUUGAUACGAAAAUAAGUUUUUGACGAAUUUUGUUCUAUUUAUCACACUUCAAUAGGGUUCAAAAUUAUAUUCAUGAUUCAUGUCUUUACCAUCAAAA